AUGGGCUACCAGAUUGGGGAUCGCCUUAUGGUGGAUGAUGAAUUAUGUACUAUCAAAUAUAUUGGCCCUAUCAGAGAAUGGUCAACAGCACCAGCUUAUGGCGUAGAAUGGGAUAAUCCCAAACGUGGGAAACACUCUGGAACAAUAUCUGGCAUCCAAUAUUUUACUACACGUUUAGCAAAUGCUGGAUCUUUCUUAAAGGAGGCCAAGGUAAAGGGGCUAAGGAGGAAAAGUUUUUAUAAGGCAUUAACUGAGAUUUAUGGUGACUCACAGCAGAUCAGCAAUUCGUUAUAUCUGGGAGCUAAGAAGAUUGAAGGCCUCGGUUUUGAUGCCUUAAAUGAAAGAAAUCGACGGUUACAUGAUCUAAAAUCAAUUUCCUUACAAAAGGAGAGUAUAUAUAUUGAUUUUUCAGAUGAGAAAGAGAGGAAUUAUUUUGUAUCUCAAUGUCCGAAUGUAAUAUCAUUGGAUUUAGGACAAAAUCUAGUUUCAGAUUUUAAUAAUCUGUGUGAUGCAUUAGGAUUGAUGAAAAAUCUGAAAACUUUGAAUUUAUCUGGAAAUCAUUUUAGUAGAAAUUGGGAUAGAUUAAAUAACAACAAUCUUACGUUCCCAAAUUUGAAAUCUUUAUUUUUAGUUUCCUGUAAUUUGAAUUUGCAGGGUGUUAACUCAAUUUUAAACUGUUUUCCAGGACUGCAAGUGUUGGAUUUGAGUGGUAAUCAUUUUCAGUGCAUCGAUCAGAAACUGCAUCUUCCCGAAUCAUUAGUUACUUUGAACUUGUCUGACAAUGCUUUAAAGAGCUUUCCUCAAGGAUUUGAAAAGUGGAACCUGGAAGAAUUAUGCUUAGCAGAUAAUGACAUCACCAUUAUUAAAAAACGUGACGACUUUUCUGCAGCUAUCAAAAAUCUCAAUCUUUCGAAUAAUAGGAUAUCAAAAUGGGCUGAGCUUGACAUUUUAAACACAAGUUUCCCAUAUUUGGAGGCUCUGAUAAUCCACGCAAAUCCACUCUUUACUUUUGAUGAGACAGACCAGUCGGAAUUUUAUCAAAUUAUAGCACGAUUCGAUGGGCUGAAAGUUCUUGAUGGUUCCCCCCUUUCAUCUGACCUUAUAAAGGAAGCAGAAUUAUAUUUUGUCUCCAAAAUAAGAAAUGGUGAGAUAACUUAUAACAAAGAUUUAAAAAGAUGGAAACAUUUUAAUGAAAGUUAUGUACUGGAUAAUUACCAAAAUGCGAGUAAAAAACUGCCGAGAUGGUUAGAUGGAGAAUUAGAAACUAUAACCAUGAUUUAUGAGGAAAAGGAUUUAACUUUUUCAAUUUCAGUGUUGUCUACCUAUACAGUUCGGUAUUUGAAGGGGAUAAUAAGCUCUAAGUUAUCCAAAAAGGUCCUUCAGAUCAAACUUUAUCGAAACCUUGGAAAAGGACUAGAAGAAAUUGAUAAAGAAUUCUCACAGCUUCGAGAUUUGAGUAUAAACUCAGAAAAUAUUAUUUAUAUAAAGAGUAAUUAA